GAAUUAUAAAGACUGUUAACUGUUUGGUAAAGUCAAGACAUUCAUUUAAAAAUAUGUUAUGAAUUAAGACAUUUGAGGGUGCUCACAAGUAGAUUAGAGUUGAGAUAAGAAUCUGUUCAUAUGCUCUUAAUGUUUACUGCCUUCUGCCAGUGGAGUAAAGGCAUAAAGACAAAAGUGUGGAAAGAUUGUUGCUUCGUAUUGGAAGCAUUUUGUUAUUUUUGCUAGCUCUUCUAGCUAACAGCAACAGCCAACUUUUUCUCUCCUAUUUGUGGCUUUUGUGAUCCUACAGGGGAUUCUGUGUCACUGUGUAUGCAAGGUAAACAUGGUUGUGUGUAAAAAAAAAAACAACUAAUGCCUUGCUAAUGAAAUACCUGUUAGUUUUAAACCUAACAUUGUUUAUUUUGAAUGAAUUUCAGCACUGUCAGUAAUCCCAAUUGGAGUCCUGCUAAUCCAGAUUUGAUAAACCUUAAAAGUCUGUACCUGGAUCAGUGUGAUUGCCAAAACUGGAUCACUCACAUACUUUUAAAAAUUCAACAUUUAUGGUGGAAACUUGCUUUGACCUUUGUGAUUAGUGCUCAGCUUGACAGUUUCUCAUAUCCAAGUAUUUUUUCCCUGUUUCAUUCAGUUCGUCUGACUGUGAACCCAAUCAGCUCUCAGUUCUUCAAAGAAAAGUCUUUGUCUCUGAGCUGUGAGGGGGCCGAAAACACUGCUGGAUGGACUCUGAGGAGAAGCACACUUGAAGGACAGACUCACUGUGGAGAAACGUGGGGAAGAUGGUCCAACUCUUCCUGUAAGAUCAGCAUGACGCUCCCAUGGGACAGUGGAGUUUACUGGUGUGAGUCCAGAGAGGGUCCCAUCAGUAACAUGGUUAACCUGACAGUCACUGGUGGAUCAGUGAUCCUGCAGAGUCCUGUCCUCCCUGUGAUGGAGGGAGAUGACGUCACUCUGCUCUGUAAAACAAAGACCACUCCCUCCAACCUCCCAGCUGCUUUCUAUAAAGAUGGUGUCUUCAUCGGGAAAGAGUCUACAGGUCACAUGACCAUCCAGCAUGUUUCCAGGUCUGAUGAAGGCCUCUACAAGUGUGACAUCAGCAGUCAUGGAGAGUCUCCAUCCAGCUGGAUCACUGUCAUAGGUGAGGAGCUUCACUCUAAUUUCACAUUUUAUUUCAUCCACAUAUUCACCAGAACAGGUGGGAUUCUCUCUGCAGGUAAUCCAGUAACCACAGUCCUGCCUACAUCUACAGCCCCACCACCCACUUUUACGUCCUUUACCCCUGGAUCAGCUCCACACCCUGAUGCCCCCUCCCUCCAGCUUGAGUUCAGACUGCCUUUCCACCUGCUUGUGUUCUGUCCGUACUUCAUUGCCACUGUCCUCAUGGUGUCUUUAUGUCGACGCAGAGCCAAAGCACCACCUACCUGCACUGGACAGAAGUUGCCUGACGACUUGUUUGACUUUGAAGCAGUGACCACUGAGCAUCAAGUGUGAGAUGCAGCUUAGAAAAGUCAACAUAGACUCUAUGUA